AUGGCGCCUCAAGGCUCUGAGCUCGACCCUCCCGAUGUCGAUAUGGUUCAUGACGAGGAAGACGACCAGGAGGAACGUCUCAUCAAUGAGGAGUACAAGACAUGGAAGAAAAACAGCCCAUUCUUAUACGAUAUGAUUCUUGGAACGGCCCUGACUUGGCCAACUCUAACAGUCCAAUGGUUUCCUGACGUCAAGGAGCCAGAGGGCAAAAACUAUCGCAUGCACCGUCUCUUGCUCGGAACCCAUACCUCCGACGGCAGCGCCAACUUUCUCCAAAUCGCCGAUGUCCAGAUACCCAAAGCUGUAGUACCGAACCCUGACGACUAUGACGAGGAACGAGGCGAGAUUGGAGGCUACGGAAAGGCAGGCGACGUUGCUGCCCUAAAGUGCGACAUUGUACAAAGAAUUGAGCAUCCCGGAGAGGUCAACAAGGCUCGCUAUCAGCCUCAAAACCCAGACAUCAUCGCUACUCUUGGCGUUGAUGGCAGAAUUCUCAUCUUUGAUCGGACAAAGCACCCCUUACAACCUGCAUCGCUGGGCAAAGUGAACGCGCAGAUUGAGCUGAUCGGCCAUAAAGAGGAAGGUUUUGGCCUCAACUGGAAUCCCCAUGAGGAAGGAUGCCUCGCUUCAGGCAGUGAGGAUACGACCAUGUGUUUGUGGGAUUUGAAGCUUCUUGAGGCCGACUCGAGGAUAUUAAAACCUGUUCGCAGAUAUACUCACCAUGCCCGAAUUGUCAACGACGUUCAAUACCACCCUAUUUCUAAGAACUUUAUUGGCUCCGUAUCGGACGACCAGACCCUGCAAAUCGUGGAUCUGCGACAGGUCGAGACGAAUAAGGCUGCCGUUGUCGCAAAGCAAGGCCAUUUAGAUGCCAUCAAUGCGCUAGCAUUUAAUCCAAAGUCUGAAGUCCUUGUCGCCACAGCUUCCGCCGAUAAGACGAUUGGAAUCUGGGAUCUACGAAAUGUGAAGGAGAAGGUGCACACCCUUGAGGGCCACAAUGACGCGGUAACAUCCCUCGCCUGGCAUCCCACCGAAGCCGGCAUCUUGGGAAGUGGAAGUUAUGACCGAAGAAUUAUCUUCUGGGACUUAUCUCGCGUCGGUGAGGAACAGCUUCCCGAUGACCAGGACGACGGCCCUCCUGAGCUGCUAUUCAUGCAUGGCGGCCAUACAAACCACUUGGCCGACUUCAGCUGGAACCCCAAUGAGCCUUGGUUGGUUGCCAGUGCCGCCGAGGACAACCUGCUACAAAUUUGGAAAGUUGCGGAAUCUAUUGUUGGAAAGGAUGAUGGCGACUUGCCAGUUGAUGAGCUUGACCGAUAG